AACAGCCCGGGCGAGUUCUCGAUCAACGUUCCAAAUAGAAUGCUGUACAGAAAAGGAGUGCAUGUUUCGCGUUGAGAAACAUGGGCCAGCCUUGUACAAGAAGAAACAACUACCCUCCAAGAAAGUGUACUGUUUCAUGUCUUCUAUAAAUGUGUAUCUACAACAACAAGACUGCCGACAAUUUUCAGAACGUGCGUAAAUUAAUUUAAGGUAAAAUACUAAGUGCUGUCAGCAGGCAAAAUAGUGCAAGAGUGUGCGACCAACAACAAACAAAUAACAGUGAACUACGAAAAGAUAGGACGACCAAGAAGAAGCAAAGGUUUGGUUGGGGUGGUGGUAGGCUAUGAGGAGAUGCAACAUUUUGUUACUCUUUCGACUUUUUAAAAAUGUAACAUUUUGUUUUGCGACGUUAAACGCAUCUGAUUAUUGGGACUGUAUUCAUGUAUGCUGUUUCGAGAGACCGUCGCUUCCCAUCAAAUAAACUGUGAAAUAACGAUUUAUUUCAUCAAGAAGACACACAAAACGACUUGCCAAGUAGUUCCGAACCAUGAUGAAAUUCCAUAAUUCGGACCUAUGGAUUGCUUGGCUGGUUUUAUUUUGCAUGGAAGUGAGCGUGAGGGCGUUGGAUGUCACAGUGACCCAGAGCAGCAUCCAGGUAGCUCGCGGCCAGGCGGCCAUCUUGCCCUGCUCCUUCUCCACCAGUGCUGCCCUCAACAACCUCAACAUUAUCUGGAUGGUCAUCCCGCUGUCUAAUGCCAACCAGCCCGAACAGGUGAUCAUCUACCAAGGUGGACAAGUGUUCAGUCUAGCCAACCACUUAAAUGGCCGGGUGGGUUUCGUGGCCACCAUGCCGAGUACAAGUGCCUCUAUCUUCAUCAACAACACCCAGCUGUCAGACACGGGGACCUACCAGUGCCUGGUCAACAACCUCCCCGACAGAGGGGGGCGCAACAUCGGGGUCAUCGGCCUCACCGUGCUGGUGCCCCCGUCGGUGCCCUCAUGCCGUGUCCAGGGCACGCUGGACGUGGGCGCUGACAUCAUGCUGAUGUGCAGCAGCGAGGAGGGGAUCCCCACGCCCAGCUACACCUGGGUGAAACUGGAGUCGCUGCCCAAGCUGCCCCACACCGCCAUGCAAGACCAGAUGCAAGGGACCGUGACACUGAGGAACAUCAGUACCAGUACCUCUGGUCUGUACCAGUGUACAGCCUCCAACGCCAUCGCCAAGAGCACCUGUCUACUCAACCUGCAGGUUGUGGCACCCCAGCCCCAGAGUGUGGGUCUCAUAGCUGGCACCAUCGCCACGGGCGUGUUGGCUGUCAUCAUCUGCUCUCUACUGGUGCUGGUGACACUCUUCUACUGGAAGAACAAGAACAAAUACGAGGAGGAGGAGAUACCUAACGAGAUCAGGGAGGACGACCUGCCCCCUAAGAGGUCGUCUUCAGUGAAAGCGUUUCACGCCGAUGCCUCAUCCUCUGAGAACGACACCCUGACGUCCACCAACACCUACAACAGCCGCUAUUGGCACAACCCCAAGCCCAACUACGACACCAACUCCUACACCCGCUACAACGGCGACACGCGCCAGACGUUCUCUACGGGGCAGGCGGGUCACACAGGUCAAACGGGGGGACAUGCAGCGCACACAGGACACGGGACGCUAGCUCCGCCAGGCUCCGCACCCCUGGCCCGCCAGGCCUACUCUAAUGGUAGCCACACACUCCCCCCGCCCAAGACUCUGGUGGUCACCACCAACUCCGCCCCCUCCCCUCCCACCAUGGUGCGCAGCAAUGGCUCGGUGAGCCUGAAGCCCGUGACGGUGGCAUCGCAUGGCGGGUACACACACUCGUACGCCGUAAGCCAGGCCACGCUGGAGCGCAUGGGCGCCGUGCCCGUCAUGGUGCCAGCCCAGAGCAGAGCAGGCUCUCUGGUCUAAAGUAAACUGUUACUGGGCUGAACCAGCCUGCCUCCCCACUUCUCUGAUUCUCCCUUUUUAACUCAUAAACAGGAUUUUACAAUACCGACUUAAUCUCAUGCCAACGUCUCCAAGUUCAGGACCCCGUUUAAAAGCAGCUCCAGGUGUUCUAUUCCUAUUGGUUGGUUUUGUAUCUCUUCUUGGGUGUGGUUGUCUCGCACUGGUUCCUUGGAUUAAAUGGCUGUAACCAAUGGGAUUAUCGCACAAAAGUUACACAUAAUCUUCAGACUUUUCAGGUGAUUGUGGCUGUGGGUUUUGGACUCAUCACGACAGUGAGCAUUAACCGUUUAAUGUCUGUUUUAACCACAUCUAGACACUCCGAAUCCUGCAAGUCCCCAGGGAGAGGCAUCCGAUCGUGCAUGUAUAUUCCAUUGAAAACUAACAGCCAGAUUCUUGCUAUUAUUUCAUAUCACUCAGCUAUUGCGGUGAUAAUAAUUGUUUCGUAUCUUUAAAAAAUGACAGAGAUGUUCUUUGAUUCACUGCAGUGGUCUUACAUGAACAGAACCAUGGCGGUGGGAAUGGCCUUAGAAGAGCAGAGAGUUACGGAAGGAAUUUCUGCUGAAGUACCAAAUAGCAGAGACUCAGAAUGGCACAACACAGUAGAAUGGUCCCGUAAUUGAACAGGGGGUUUUCUGAUUCUGUCCGUUAGUUCCAACUUCAGCAUGUUCAUUUGUUUUUGCACAGUAGCACACUUUCAUCACCAACCCCUCUGAAGAAAUGUCUUAUUAUAGAAUGGUCUUACUGAAUGCGUCCUCUGACCUCUACAGUGUUACGAAUGGGAGAGAUAUACCGUAGCCGCUCCAGCGUAAACUUGUAAGGGUUCAGCAUUUAUAUUGAUUAGAUCCAGUAUUGAUAAUUAUGGUUUUACCUCAAGAUUCUAUUAUAUAUAAAAAAAAAUAUUUAAAAAACUUUCCCUGAAACUUGAAUCUGCAGUUUGAGAUAUACUGACAGUGUCUAUGGAAGUAUGUGCUAUCGUAAACAUGCUGCUGAUUCGUUUUUGAACUAAAUCCAAAUCUCACAUCGGUGCUGCUUUGACAAUAAAACAUCUUAUUUCAUACAUCCUUUCUAAGAAAAAUGCUAUUUAAAGGGGAUUUCCCUUGAGAAUGCUGACGAUCACUGUUCUGUACCUACUGUCAAUGUUGCAACUACUGGUAGCCUAGGUUGUGAAUUGAAAAAAAAUACUUUUAUUCCCAAUGGAUGCAUAUUUUACAACUCAAUGUGUCUUAACUCAAGAGGUCUUUUAAUUUCUGUCAACAGACACUGAACUGAGUUUUGUGGACGGUUGUCUUGCGUUUGUUAAGAAGGGAUGUGUGUAUUAGCCCUCUGAGGGUGGAGCUGCAAGUUUGGGUGGUGCAAUUCAUAUAAAAUGUAUCGCAGAAACCCGAAAUCUUGAUAGUAAUAAUAAUAAUAUUAAUAAUGUAACCCUAGUGUAAACAAACGUAUACUCUACCAAUCGUUUUCCAGGGCAGUUGAAUUUUUUUUUUUACAGCUCCAAAAUCCCAGCACUAAUUAUCCACAAUGAUAGUUGAAAAUAAAGGGAAUACCAGCUGUAUGAAAUAGCUAGGUUUGUUUACAGCAGUGUUGUAAAGUGUUGCUAUUGAGGUAAGAAUCAGAACGUUUCGGAGGGCCAUUUUUUGGGGGGGACAGUUUUUAGACCUGAAAAAACGGACGAUUUUAUGUUUUAUGUGAAUUUUACAAUAUUAUCUAUCCUGCUCUUUGCAUCAAAAGUCCUAGUAAAUAUUCAACUUGAUCUUUCACUUGAAAGACAAUAUUGAUAUUGUGUGAUAUUAAAUAAAAUAACAUAAAAUGUUACUGUUCAUUUUCAGGUAGCCAAAAAAGCACUUCACUCUUGAGAAAAAGCGCCUCCUGUAUUUGGUGUCAGGAUCUUUCUCCGUUCAGUCUACAUAGACUGUACUCAAUGAUAGCUGUGUUCUCUACAGUAUGAAUUUGGCCAUUCAGUGUGCUCAAAGCUGAGUGUUAUUGAAGUUCAUUGAAAUACGCUCCAGUAAGAAUCCAUUAGACGCAUUCAAUUGAACCUCCUCAAGUAAAUCAACGAGGAUGGUGAGCGCAACUUUCCGUCCUGAAGCAAUAAAGACCAACCAGGUGAACCACAUUAGGAGGACUUGUUGAUGUACAAGAUCUUUAUCAAACGGUUCCUUUUCUCUCACACUCUGCUCAUUGGCUGAGGUCCCUGCUCAUUGGCCUAUGUGUUAUGUCUCAUUCCGUCUGUCAGGGAACCAAGAUUAUAUUAAUGACUUAAUCAUUCAAAAGAUAUUGCUUGAUUUGAACUCAAAUCGGCUAUGACUAAAACACUGUUGGGUAUGAUCAGGUAAUACUCACUACUUUGGAGCGUAUGCUUUGCGUAUGUUUGGCGUUCGGAGACUUGUUUCAACAUCAGAGUGCAUCCAUAUGAUUUAUGUAUGUACUCUUAUGUACAGUGCCUUCAGAAAGUAUGCAUACCCUUUGACUUAUUCCACAUUUUGUUGUGUUACAGCCUGAAUUUUUUGAAAAGGAAAUACAGAAAUAUCUCAUUUACAUACUGUAUGUAUUCACACCCCUGAGUCAAUACAUGUUAGAAUCACCUUUGGCAGUGAUGACAGCUGUCAGACUUUCUGGGUAAGUCUCCAAGAGCUUUGCACACCUGGAUUGUACAAUACUUGAACAUUAUUAUUUUCAAAGUUCUUCAAGCUGGUUGUAGAUCAUUGCUAGACAGCCAUUUUCAAGUCUUUCUAUACACUUGAAAGCAUACCACUGCAUACCAACCUGCAUACUACUGCUGGCUUGCUUCUGAAGCUAUGCAGAGUUGGUCCUGGUCAGUUCUUGGAUGGGAGGCCAGAUGCUGCUGGAAGUGGUGUUGGAGGGCCAGUAGGAGGCACUCUUUCCUCUGGUCUAAAAAAGACUCUGUGUCGGGUGCUGUCUUUCGGAUGGGACAUUAAACGGGUGUCCUGACUCUCUGAGGUCAUUAAAGAUCCCAUGACUCUUAUCGUAAGAGUAGGGGUGUCCUGGCUAAAUUCCCAAUCUGGCCCUCAAACCAUCACGGUCACUUAAUAAUCCCCAGUUUACAAUUGGCUCAUUAAUCCCCCUCCUCUCCCCUGUAACUAUUCCCCAGGUCGUUUCUGCAAAUGAGAAUGUGUUCUCAGGCAGUUUCCCUGGUAAAAUAACAGAUAAAUAAAAAGAUGUUCAAGCUGAUUUGCUGUCAGAACUAUAACUUGGCCACUCAGGAACAUUCACUGUGUUUUUGGUAAACAACUCCAGUGUAGAUUUGGCCUUGUGUUUUAGGUUAUUGUCCUGCUGAAAGUUGAAUUCAUCUUCCAGUGUCUGGUGGAAAGCAGACUGAACCAGGGUUUCCUCUAGGAUUUUGCUUGUGCUUGGCUGAAAAACUAGUCCUUAAUGAUUGCAAACAUACCCAUAACAUGAUGCAGCCACCACUAUGCUUGAAAAUAUGGAGAGUGGUACUCAGUAAUGUGUUGUAUUAAAGUUGUAUUAAAUUCGCUCCAAACAUAACACUUUGUAUUCAGGACAAAAAGUACAUUGCUUUGCCACAUUUCAGUGUUAAUUUAGUGCUUUGUUGCAAACAGGAUGCAUGUUUGGAGUAUUUGUAUUCUGUACAGGCUUCCUUCUUUUCACUCAGCCAAUUAGGUUAGUAUUGUGGAGUAACUACAAUGUUGUUGAUCCACCCUCAGUUUUCUCCUAUCACACUAACUCUUAAAGUCACCAUUGGCCUCAUGGUGAAAUCCCUGAGAGCGUUCCUUCCUCUCUGGCAACUGAGUUAGGGAGGACACCUGUAUCUUUGAAGUGACUUGGGUGUAUUGAUCCACCACCCAAAGUGUAAUUAAUAAUUCCACCACGCUCAAAGGGAUAUUUAAUAUCUGCUUUGUUUUCACCCAUUUACCAUUAGGUGCCCUUGUUUGCGAGGCAUUGGAAAACCUCCCUGGUCUUUGUGGUUGAAUCUGUGUUUGAAAUUCACUGCUCGACUGAUUGUAUCUGUGGGGUAUUGUAUGUGUGGGGUAAAGGGACGAGGUAGCCAUUUAAAAAAAUCAUGCUAAACACUAAUAUUUCACACAGAGUGAAUCCAUGCAACAUAUUGUUGGUAUUGGUAUUUUAUUAGGAUCCCCAUUAGCUGUUGCAAAAGCAGCAGCUACUCUUCCUGGGGUCCACACAAUACAUGAAACAUUACAUAAUACAUAAUAUAUGUGAGCACAUUUUUACUCCUGAACUUAUUUAUGCUUGCCAUAACAAAGGGGUUGAAUAGUUAUUGACUCAAGACACUCCUAAUUUUCAAUUAAUUAAUUUGCGAACUUUUCUAAAAACACAAUUCCACUUUAUGGAGCAUUGUGUGUAGGCGAGUGAAAAUAAUCAAAAUUGAAUCCAUUUUAAAUUCAGGCUGUAACACAACAAAACAUGGGAAAAGUCAAGGGGUGUGAAUACUUUCUGAGAAGGCAGUGUGUAUGUACUCUGCUGAAAACCCGGGGUUGUUCACUAGCUUGUUGUGUCUGGUCAGACAGACAGACACAUCUGCUCUUUAUCUCUAUAAAACUAUUUUUAAAGAGCCGCAGGUUCAUGUCAGAUGAGGUAUGGGUAUCUGUUUCCUCGGUUAGACAUCUCUUGGGGCGAAUCCUAACUUCCACUUAAAUGUUUACUUAGUCAAGCAUUGAUGUCAAUGGGAGACUAAGUCAAAAUUCAACUUAAAAGUUAGGAUUUGUCCCUUAAUGAACCUGGCCUGAAACACAACUACUUGAACUAAACCCAGACAAGUGAUGGUGGAUUGUCUGCUGUGGCCAUAAGUUCAUGUGUAUAUAGAUAUAUUGCCAAUAGUAAACAUUGUAAAUAUGUAAAAUAUAUAUUGUGUUUAAAAGUUGGAUUGAUAUGAAAUAUGACAUUAACACUGGAAGUUGUAAUUAAUAAAUAUUGUUAAUACAU